GGAUAAUUCGAAUGCGGCCGCUUGUGUCGGACCUCGUGCUCGCUUUCGUCGCCAGGUGCGCUCGGGUCUGCGCCGCGGGUGUAUUUUAGGAGGACGCACGGCGCUGUGCUAGCUAGUUUGCAAAUGGUGGACGACCCGUUGACUUCGUGACGUUAACAACAGGUAAAAGAUGUAUAAGGCAAGAACGUUGUUCAGCAGACUGGCCCCUUUGGCGCCGAACAUAUGUGGGCCCGAGAGAUACGCAUCCUGGGUGGUCCGCAGUCACCCGUUGACGAGGACCAGCCAGGUGAUCUUCACCGAAGCCACGCGCAAGUACAACAGCCGCGUAGCGACCGAACCCUUUCUAAAUGGCAGCUCCAGCUCUUACGUUGAAGAGAUGUACAACGCGUGGCUGCAAGAUCCCAGCAGCGUGCAUGUUUCAUGGGAUUCCUUCUUUCGAAGCAGCACUGCUGGAGCUGCACCAGGGCUCGCAUAUCAGGCACCACCAUCCCUCGCUCCAAGUUACAACCAGGUGCCGCUUGGAGCGCUAUUGCCCUUGGCUGGAACGCAGAUCGGCCAAAUGCCUGUCAAUGAGAAAAUUAUUGACGAUCACUUAGCAGUACAGGCUAUCAUUCGUUCUUAUCAGAUUCGUGGCCAUCAUAUCGCUAAAUUGGAUCCACUCGGCAUCAACAGCGCUGAUCUUGACGAUAGACACCCGCAAGAAUUACUGUAUAACCAUUAUUCAUUCGGGAAGAGACCACGCACCACUUACUCGCAGGAACUCCAAUACCGGGUAUCGACCCUUAUGAAACAGGAGUCGGACAUGGAUCGUGUCUUUAAGUUGCCAUCGACCACGUUUAUCGGCGGCAAGGAGAAAUCGUUGCCGCUGCGCGAGAUCUUGAAGCGACUCGAGGCCGCCUACUGCGGUCACAUCGGCGUCGAGUUCAUGUUCAUAAACUCCUUGGAGCAAUGCAACUGGAUCAGACAGAAGAUGGAGACGCCUGGGAUCAUGGAGGUGACCAACGACGAGAAGAGACUCAUCCUGGCCAGACUGACGCGUGCAACUGGAUUCGAGGCAUUCUUGGCGCGCAAAUGGUCGUCGGAGAAGAGAUUCGGUCUGGAAGGUUGCGAAAUUUUGAUUCCAGCUAUGAAGCAAGUGAUCGACAAGUCCACGGAAUUGGGAGUCGAGUCGAUCGUCAUGGGUAUGCCACACCGUGGUCGUCUCAAUGUUCUUGCUAAUGUCUGCCGCAAGCCGUUGAGCCAAAUAUUCACGCAAUUCGCCGCUCUCGAAGCCGCUGAUGAUGGCUCCGGCGACGUGAAAUACCACUUGGGCACGUAUAUCGAGCGUCUCAAUCGCGUGACGAACAAGAACAUUCGACUUGCUGUGGUCGCGAAUCCGUCGCACUUGGAGGCUGUGGAUCCGGUGGUCCAAGGCAAAACUCGCGCCGAACAGUUCUACCGAGGCGAUGGCGAAGGCAAAAAAGUUAUGUCCAUUCUGCUGCACGGAGAUGCUGCCUUCUGCGGUCAAGGCAUUGUCUUCGAGACAAUGCAUCUAUCCGACCUGCCAGAUUACACUACUCACGGCACCAUUCACAUCGUCGUGAAUAAUCAGAUUGGGUUCACCACGGACCCACGGCAUUCUCGAUCAUCGCCGUACUGUACUGACGUGGCUAGAGUGGUGAACGCGCCCAUCUUCCACGUGAAUUCCGACGAUCCGGAGGCUGUGAUGCAUGUGUGCAAAGUGGCGGCUGAAUGGAGGGCCACCUUCCAUAAGGACGUUGUGAUCGAUUUGGUCUCCUACAGACGUAACGGUCACAACGAGAUCGACGAGCCUAUGUUCACGCAACCUCUGAUGUACCGCAAGAUCAAGAACACUCCACCAGCACUCGACAAGUACGCCAACACACUUAUCACUGAUGGUGUUGUCAGUCCCGAGGAAGUGAAGGAUGUCAAAGCCAAAUACGAGAAGAUCUGCGAGGAGGCUUAUAAUAAUGCCAGACAGGAGACGCACAUCAAGUACAAGGACUGGCUAGACUCGCCGUGGUCUGGUUUCUUUGAAGGGAAAGACCCGUUGAAGGUGUCACCUACUGGUAUCAAGGAAGACACGCUCGUCCACAUUGGGAAGAAAUUCUCUUCGCUACCACCUAAUGCGGCUGAAUUUGUCGUCCACAAAGGUGAGCGUGUUGUGGAUGAGAUUGUCGUCUUCAAAGGCAUUGAACGUAUUCUGAAGUCUCGCAUGGAGAUGAUUGAGUCGAGAACCGUUGAUUGGGCUCUCGGCGAAGCUAUGGCUUUCGGAUCCCUUCUCAAGGAAGGCAUUCAUGUCCGAUUGUCAGGUCAAGAUGUGGAGAGAGGCACGUUCUCGCACAGGCAUAACGUGUUGCACCAUCAGACCGUUGACAAGGCAACUUAUAGACCACUCUGCUAUCUGUACCCUGAUCAGGCGCCUUAUACCGUGUGCAACAGUUCUCUUUCUGAGUUUGGUGUUCUUGGAUUCGAACUUGGUUACUCGAUGACAAAUCCUAACGCACUGGUGUGCUGGGAAGCGCAAUUUGGCGACUUCAACAAUACCGCGCAAUGUAUAAUCGAUCAAUUCAUCAGCAGCGGUCAAGCCAAGUGGGUGAGACAAUCUGGUCUCGUCAUGUUGCAACCUCACGGUCUGGAAGGAAUGGGUCCCGAGCACUCCAGCGCCCGUCUCGAGCGUUUCCUUCAGAUGUCCGCUGACGAUCCAGAUUAUUUCCCGCCGGAGAGCGAAGAGUUCGCCGUUCGUCAGUUACACGACAGCAACUGGAUCGUCGCCAACUGCAGCACGCCAGCCAACUAUUUCCACAUCCUGCGGCGACAGAUUGCGCUACCUUUCAGGAAACCAUUGAUCCUGAUGACGCCGAAAUCUCUGCUGCGUCAUCCGGAGGCCAAGUCCAACUUCGACUUGAUGCUGGAGAACACGCAGUUCCUUAGAGUAAUACCAGAAGAGGGUACGGCUGCUCACAGCCCCAGCAAUGUAAAGAGAUUGCUGUUUUGCUCCGGCAAAGUUUACUACGAUCUAAAGAAAGCCCGUGCGGAGCGGCAGUUGGACGACAAGAUCGCAAUCGCCAGAGUGGAACAGAUCUCGCCUUUCCCAUAUGAUCUCGUGAAGAUGGAAGCUGCUAAGUACCCUAACGCGGAGUUGAUAUGGUCUCAGGAGGAGCACAAGAACCAGGGCGCAUGGACCUACGUGCAGCCUAGGUUCCAUACGGCGCUCAAUGGCACUCGCAACGUAGUAGGCGCGUCAAAGACGGGUAAGAGUGGUGGAGGGUGGUUUGCCGGUUUGUUUUCGUCAUCCAAACCGACCAAAACCACAGCUGUGUCAGAGCCACAGUCAACGGAACCUGCUAAACCAAAACAGAGAAUAGUGAGAUAUGCCGGACGCCCGACUGCAUCGUCACCCGCCACUGGCAGCAAAAUGCAGCACCUGAAAGAGCUCAAGCAACUGCUCGACGACUCAUUGAACCUUUAAUGAUCCUUCAUAGAACUGAAAGUUUAUUUAUUUUUUUUGCGCCAGUCAUCCUUGUGUAUUUCAUCUCUGUUCAUAUGUUGAUAAAUUAACCUCGAGUGAUCGACCCGAUUGGGAAAGGAAAGUAUUAUUAUUAAUUUAUACGAUGUUACGCAGCGCGUAACACUUUUAAUGAUAGCAACGAUUCUGAAGUAUACCGAGCGAGGCUGUCCAUGGCUAAACAAGGGUCUAUGGUAUACCUGUGGCGAUUUUUUUCUCUAAUUAUUAAUCGCACGCCACGACAGGACGGUCGCCAAUCACUUUAACUUUUUAUCCUCGCUGUUUUUAUAAAAAGUUAAAUGAUUAGCGUUGACAAGCGUUCACUAUAUAUAUAUGCGUAACGACGUAGCACUACAUCUCGAGUCUCUUCGUAUCUUGGUCUCAGUUAAGUUGCUAAUAUGACGUUAAGGUCGAGUCGUGUGUCGAGAAUGACAUUCCUCUAUGCUCGGCUGGAGUUUAAGGACGCACGAACGUAACUGAGGCUCUAGUGCUACCCCAUGGAGAGUAUCGACGGAUACUUCAGCUCUUGGAAAGAGUGUUGAGAACUAGCAAAAUUAGUAGGAAGUAAUUUUAUCGAUAAUUUAUCCAGGUGCAGCCGCUCGCGCAGGCCGCUGCUGCGUUGGUGCGCGAAGGUGCGCACAGUAUUUAUAUUCUUCUACCUGAACUAUUUAAAGACGGAUAAAUGACGGUGGAGAGAGAAAGAGAGAGAGAGAGAUACACCCUUACACAGUCGAUCGAUCGAAGGAACUCUUACGGAAAAAAACUAUAGGAAUACGAAAAAAAUACUGGCAUACUAUUAAAGAACUGCAAUUUUUCAAUAGCAUGUCAGUAGUUUUUUCGUAUUCUUGUAGUUUCAUCCAUAAGGGAAAUAUCCCAGAUAGACGUAUUUCGGCAUAUUGUAUAUUCAGUGACUAGCACAAAUACGUGUCCUCAUAUAACAAGAACUUUUUCCGUAAAUAUAAAAAAAUUAUCUCAUGAAGAAUAAUGCUUAUUUGGUCGAAAAGAGGACGCACUUAACUAUACAAAAUUAUUAUAGUAAUUAGAAAGAGAGUGAACAUUUUAAUUAGGAAAUACGGCGUAAUAAAAUGUUAUCUCUUAGAAUAAUAUAUUUUAAACAUGCUGUGCUGCUACAAUAGCAUCACAAAGUAUACAUUAGGUCUGUUUUUUUUUUUUUUUCGAAGAACUAUCUGAACUGGUGCAAUAAGUUGGAGUGAAGUACAUAUUGUUGCAUCAGUUCAAGAAGUUCUUCACAAGACCUAUUGAGUGUACGCAUGCUAUGUUUAGCAUCUCUGUCUAUCUGGGAUUGCACGUGCCACACGUAGUCCCGCGCUGAAUGUGCGCGGUAAGGAAGCAGUUUCACGUCAUCGUUGUUUCGUUUAUGAGUAUGAUAGUUAUGUGAUAUCUCACGAUCUUAUUAGUACGAUAUUAUAUAGACAGUCCGGCACGAAUAGACGGAUCUUGGUCUGAAACAAAGCGAGAAACGCGGAUCUCGUUUCCCGCAUCUAUCUUUGCAUUCGUGUAUAUUCUUUGUCAUCGUGUACGUGGCAAUAAUAGUACCAUUGCACACACACAGAUGUUAAAUAAUUUUCAAUUUCUCCAUUUCAGGUUUAAUUAAAAAAAAAAAAAAAAAAGAAACCCGACA